CUCUGUUAUGAUCUUGUAGCUGAGCAAACGUUGUCAUAAACCAUAUUUCAUAUAAGAAAAAUUUACUACCGAUCUGAAGAUUAUUUUAUCCACUCAUUAAAUCGGCUUUUAGCACCUUAAUAAUCUAUAAAGUUUAUUGUCUGCCUCAGGAUAAAAAGAGAGACAUUAAAAUGAGUAAUCCACUGAGAGGUGAAGUUUUAAGAUUGUACAAAAAUCUUCUGUAUCUUGGGCGGGAUUAUCCAAAAGGCACUUCAUACUUCAGGGAGCGUCUGAAAACAGCUUUCAUGAAGAACAAAGAUAUCACCGAUCCUGAGAAAAUCAAAAAGCUGGUUGACCGUGGAGACCUUGUGAUCAAAGAACUCGAGGCACUUUACUUCCUCAGGAAAUACAGAGCAAUGAAGAAACGCUACUGUGAACCAGAGCAUUGAUCCAUGUAUCUGUCACACGUGCCAGACUGUACAGUGUAUAUGUCAAAAGGUUAAAUCAUUAUUUUCUGUAAAUUUCUGAUUGUUUGUAUUUGAUGUGUUGUACUAUAACAUAUUUGGACAUAAACAUUUAUUUUUACUACUUCUAAAUCCUUGUUAAAUUUACAAUAGACAGUUAUUCGUAAUGACAAGUACAUAUGCAUGUAUAGUUAAAGGCAUUUCAGUUUUAUGAUGUUCUAAGUAGGUGUUUGUGAAGAAUGCUCUACAUCACAGAAAGCAAAGUUGGUUUUUCCAAAGGAUUUGUCCAGCUCCUGCUCCAGGUCAAACUUUCCUGCACUACCGGAAACCUUUUAGUGCAAAUAAUUAAAAAAAAUUAUCAAAGUGA